AUGUCUGUUAUUUACGUCGAUGACGAUGUCAGCUCAGCUGAAGCAACGAAAGCGAGUUCACCCGUAUCGGUCUCGAGGCAGGUGAUCGAUCUGACUGUUGAUGAGGAAACAACGAAGCAGAUCAAUCAGCCUACACUUCGUGACGUUCUCAGUAGUCUGGUUAGUCAACAUGACGACCUUGAAGACGGGGAGAUUGAGGAAGAG